AGUGGUCACCCAGGGGCUCGAGGAGCUGAGCUUCAUUUGGGGAAGCGCUCGCGCUGCCAUGAAGAAGAGGCGCAGUUCGUAGCGGGGCUCGGCUCUUUGGGACGCUCGCUCGGGCUGCGGCGGGACCGGAGGCAUCGCGCACCGCGGACGCACGGAAAAAGUGGACGGACGCUGCGGAUCAACUUAAAUCUCCACCGAAUGGUUUUUUUUCAGAUAGAGGAAUUCUUGCGGAAACACUUUCUCUCUCUCUCUUUCUCUCUCUCUCUCUCGCUCUCUCUCGCUCUCUUUUUCUGCCAACCCUCUACCCCACUGGAAAAAAAAUGCACUGGAGCUGAAUUGCGAGGAAGGAACUUUGCGCACGGAUUCCAGCGGGCAGAUCGCAGCGUUUUCUUUUCCUUCCUUUUUCUUUUUUAUUUCUUUUUUUUUUCUUUCCCGAGGAAUUACUUCUACGCAUCGAGUCAAUAAUAAUAUCCGUCAUGAAUUCGCGGCAUGGAGGCGAGUUUGGGCGCAUCGCCUUAAGGAUACUUGUUUUGGUGCUCGCUUUAACCACGCAGCGCGUCUCCGCGAAGACGAUCAAUUACAAAGUGUACGAAGAGCAGAAAGUGGGCACGGUGAUCGCGAGGCUGAAGGAGGACGUGGCCGAUGUUCUACCCAAACUGCCAAGUUCGGUGUCCCUGCGCUUCCGAGCCAUGCAGAGGGGCAGCACGCCCUUCUUGUCCGUGCGCGAGCAGGACGGAGAGAUCAGCAUCGGCUCCAAAAUUGACCGCGAGAAGCUGUGCGAGAAGAACCUCAACUGCUCCAUCCAGUUCGACGUGAUCACCCUACCGACGGAACAUCUGCAGCUCUUCCACGUUGAAGUGGAGGUGCUGGACAUUAACGACAAUUCGCCGCAGUUCUCGCGCUCCAUCAUCCCCAUCGAGAUCUCCGAAAGUGCCGCGGUGGGCAUUCGCAUCCCUCUGGACAGCGCUGCGGACCCAGACGUCGGGGAGAACUCGCUGCACACCUAUUCCCUAACCCCGAAUAACUUCUUUAAAAUUGACAUCCGAACUCGGACCGACGGGGCCAAGUACGCAGAGCUUGUUGUUGUGAGGGAGUUGGACAGGGAGGUGCAGUCCAGCUAUGAACUUCAGCUGACGGCCUCGGACAGAGGGGUGCCGCCUAGAUCGGGCUCAACUUUGCUUAAAAUCACCAUCUCAGACUCCAAUGACAACAGCCCGGUGUUUGAAGAGCAGUCCUAUGUCAUCCAUCUGCAGGAGAGCGCUCCUCCAGGCUCCCUCCUCAUCGAUCUCAACGCCACUGAUCCCGAUGAGGGCACUAACGGCAAAAUUGUCUAUUCUUUUAGUAGCCAUGUCUCUCCAAAAAUUCAGGAGACAUUUAAGAUAAACCCAGAAAACGGUCAGCUCACCCUUAUUAAACAAGUGGAUUUUGAAAACACUGUUUCUUAUGAAAUUGACGUGCAGGCUCAAGACCUCGGACCCAAUUCCAUGCCAGCACACUGCAAGAUCAUCAUCAAAGUGGUCGAUGUUAAUGAUAACAAACCUGAAAUCAGUAUUAACUUAAUGACCCCAGGAAAAGAAGAGGUGGCCUAUAUAUCCGAGUCAGCCCCUGUGGACACAUUUGUAGCUCUGGUUAGGGUUGAAGAUAUGGACUCUGGUUUAAACGGUGAAGUUGUGUGCAGGCUUCAUGGUCACGGACAUUUCAAACUGCAGAAGACUUACGAAAAGAACUAUAUGAUAUUAACCAAUGUUUCAUUAGACAGAGAAAGGCGGUCUGAGUACAGUCUAACAGUGAUAGCAGAGGACAAAGGCAAGCCAAGUCUUUCCACCAUCAAACACUUCACAGUGCAAGUUCUGGAUGAAAAUGACAAUCCGCCACGUUUUGAAAAAAGCAGAUAUGAAAUAUUUAAGUCUGAAAACAACGUUCCGGGAGCGUAUCUGACGUCAGUGGUGGCCAGCGACCCAGACCUGGACACAAACGGUCAGAUCUCCUACUCCAUUUUGGAAGGCUUUGUUGAUGGCAAGCACAUCUUAACUUAUGUCACCAUUGAUCCCUCAAAUGGUGCAAUCUAUGCCCUCAGAAGUUUUGACCAUGAAGAUGUCAGCAGAAUCACUUUUGUUGUGCAAGCACGGGAUUCUGGUGAUAUCCACCUGGUUAGCAACACAACUGUGGUGCUCACCAUCUUGGACGAAAAUGACAAUCCUCCAGUGAUUGUUGUUCCUCAGCUGCUGAACUACACAGCUGAUGUGCCUAUCUCUAAGUAUGCUGAGGUGGGUCACUUGAUCACUGUCAUCAGAGCAACUGACAGGGAUUCAGGGGUCAAUGCGGAGCUGACGUGCUCCAUCGUCGCUGGAAACGAAGCAGGCUACUUCACCAUGGACCCGAGGAAGUGCGAAAUACGUGCCAAUAUCAGCAUGGAGGAGGUGCUCCACGAGCAUCUUGAGCUGGUGGUCAUGGUUCAGGACAAAGGAGUCACUAGGCUAAGUGCAAAGGCAGUUCUGAAAUGCACUCUGUAUGAAAACAUGGACAGCCACCUUGCACCUCCUCUCUCAAACAGCAGUCAACCCCCCCUUGAUGUCUCCAUGAUCAUCAUCAUAUCCUUGGGGGCUAUCUGUGCUGUCCUCCUGGUCAUCAUGGUGAUGUUUGCCACCAGGUGCAACAAAGAAAAGAAGGACACACACUCUUACAACUGCAGGGUGGCAGAAUCCACAUACCAGAAUCACCCCAAGAAACCAUCCAGGCAGAUUCACAAGGGGGACAUCACCCUGGUGCCAACAGUGAAUGGCACACUGCCCAUCAGGGCUCACCACAGGUCGCCAUCGUCCUCACCUGCAAUGGAGAGGGGUCACAUGGGCAGCAGGCAGAGCCACCACAGCCGGCAAUCACUAAACAGCCUGGCGACCAUAUCUUCCAAUCAUAUUCCCGAGAACUUUUCUCUGGAACUGGCUCAUGCCACGCCACCCGUAGAGCAAGUCUCACAGCUUCUGUCCAUGCUCCAUCAGGGCCAGUACCAGCCAAGACCAAGUUUCCGUGGAAAUAAAUACUCAAGGAGCUACAGGUAUGCCCUUCAAGAUAUGGAUAAAUUCAGCCUGAAGGACAGCGGCCGGGGGGACAGUGAGGCAGGAGACAGUGACUAUGAUUUGGGAAGGGAGUCCCCCAUUGACAGGCUCCUAGGAGAGGGCUUUAGUGACCUCUUCCUCACAGAUGGGCCCCACAGACUCCAUCCAGCGAUGAAGCUGUGCACAGAGGAAUGCCGGCUGCUGGGCCACUCGGACCAGUGCUGGAUGCCCCCCCUGCCUUCCCCGGCCUCCUCUGACUACAGGAACAAUAUGUUCAUUCCUGGGGAGGACCCCCAGCAGCCCUGCGCGGAGGAAGACCAACCGUCGACGGAGUCCGGCGACCGCAAAAAAAGCUUCUCUACAUUCGGAAAGGAGCAUGAGGCAGGUGACGAAGAAGCAGCUGGUGGAGACGCAUGUGGUGCCUCCCUGCUCUCCGAGAUGAGCAGCGUCUUCCAGCGCCUAUUGCCGCCCUCGCCAGACUCGUACACAGAGUGCGAUGAGACAGAGCGGGCCAGCUCCCUAGAGCGCCGGAAGGGACACCUCCCGGGCAAGCCAUCCACGUACCCGCAGGGGGUGGCAGCCUGGGCGGCCAACACUCACUUCCAGAACCCGGGCAGCUGCAUCGGGCCGGCCCAGGCCAAUCACAUGGGUGCGCAGGCCCCCCUCAAAUGGCUGCCGGCCAUGGAGGAGAUCCCAGAGAACUACGAGGAGGACGAGUUUGACAAUGUCCUCAGCCACCUGCAGGGUAGUCGCAGUGACAGCCGGCACGAACUCAUGGACGCCAGCGAGCUGGUGGCCGAGAUUAACAAACUUUUACAGGAUGUCCGGCAGAGCUAGAAAUGGGGACAGACCCUUCUACUGUUUUUCUUUCCCAUAUUAAUGGGAGUGAAGAAAAAGCUGCAGAAGUCCAACUCAGUUGCAUUUAUAAUGUAAAUGUCUGUAAUGCUGGUUAUUAUUACAUAUGUUGUAUUUUGUUGUUCGGUACACAGUGUACAC